GACGGGGAACCGGAGAGGAUUAUCGGCACUGCGCUGUUGCUGAGCCCAGUUCGCGUUUAACACUCACACGGUGGAGACGGUGAAUCGCUGUUGCUGGAGUGUUACUUCUUGGCUAAAGUCAAGUCAAGUCAAGCCAGUUCGAAGUGGACAAACGCUUCGGUGGAAAUUCUACGGUGGAAAACCUCUUUCAAGGAGGGCUGUCACUGGUCAAACAAGGAAAAUCGAAAGUGAGUUAAUUUUUUGAUGGAAAAAAUGAAACAAGCUACUUUAUGCUAAAAAAUUUCACAUCAUAUUGUAAAUAGUGAGUGAAUCUGUAUAAGAACAGACAACUGGGUUUUGUUUUUUGAAUGGUUAGGUCUGUUCGUUUAGAAAUAAGAAAAGUGACUCAUCAAGAUUUGGAUAGAAGAGAAUAUUAGCAUUCGCCGUGUUUGAUUAGUUUUCUUCAGCAUCACAAAUACGAAAAAUUACAUCAUCAAUACAGCUAAACUGGAAACGCAGUUAUUGUGACGAUAGCCAACUUAGUAAACCAAAUAUUAAUAAAGUUUAAGGAUAAUUUUCCGUAAAAUAUUAAGCUGCAACCGUGUAAGAAGCCGGACCGGCAUAAAAUAAUGCCAACACUUCAAGGUGGCAAACACGCGAUAGAAAAAUAAACGCUUCAAUAUUCGCAUGAAUCUCAUCCAACCGGAGAGAGAUCGCUAUCGACGAUACACACCACUGAAUAACUUGAGCUAGCGAAGUGACGAACCUGUCAAAACGAGGAAGCUGUCUUCUGACCUAACGCUAAACGAUGCCCGCCUAUGCCGGAUUCGAUAGUUUCGCGUCCUCGCGCAGGACCGCUGAAUCGAUCUACUACACGGCAAAGGAGUUCGAUUCGGCCGACGAAUCGGACUGUUUGCGGCCGUACCCGAUGCCGAUUUCGCGUCGCCCGAGCCUGAUGGAACCGCUCGGACCGGCCGAUGCCAUUUUCAGUCGGCGCUAUGUCGAUCCGUGGGAUAUGGAGAACUACGUUUACAUUAGGAAGCAAGUGCUAGACCCCAACUCGGAGUCGGAGAUUGCUCCAUCGCCGGCCGGCGAGCCCAUCCAGUCCAAAUUCUACUACGUGCCGGGCGAUGUGGAGAACUGCCGCGAGUGCAGCGCCGAAAUUGUGAGCCCCGCUGCCAAGGCAGGUCUGCUGCUCGAUGAUGACGACGAUGAGGACGAGGAAGAGGACGACCUUGGGGACGACGAUGGAAUCGAUGACGACCUGGAGGUGGACGAACUGGACGUGGUCGAUGACGAUGGGUUCUACACAGAACGGUACGACACCGUUAUGGAGGAGGACAGCAUCGGAGGGGACGACGAGCAUGUCUACAGUACGUAUACUGAUCUGGAAACAUCAUCGACCGAACAUCACAGUUCAUGUGACAGUUCCAUGUCUGCUCUGCGGUUACACACUCCAGGAUUCGGCAAGAGUGCGACCAACCGGCGACCGAUCGUUCUACCUAAACCACUACCACAGCUCGAAUUUCCCGGUCCCCCAUCCUACGACUACUACGAACCCAGCUGUUGCUACAUGCCGCUCCCACCUCCUAUCCAUGCUCACCACAGUCAUGCAGCCAUUCCGCUGAUAGACCCACCCAGCCUCGCUUCGACCAAUGGCAGCUAUUACGCGCUGAACGAUUGCUUGGAGUGUGUCCGCCAGGAGGUCGACCACGUGCCACUGUACGCCACCAGUCCGAUGCGCCGACGUUCCCGCACCGCCAGCGUCAUCAGCAUGGUCAGACGACCCAGCCAGAUUGGCAUCGCUCCCCCGGUGGUGGAUCCGUCUACUGCCGUCUCGAUCGCCGCGACCAACGCUAACGUUUGUUACACACCGCAACAUUUCAGUCUUAGCAAGAAGGGCCUGCUGCAGAUCGACUAUUCCUGCAACUGGGACAACCUGGACCGGUACAUUGCUAAAUGAACGGGGUCCUAUACCCGCUUUGCUUCUUCAUCAGCAUGGUAUCUUUUUUCUGCUAAUGUGUUUCCCUUUCGAACAAAAACAAAAAAACAUGCUCAAUUUAUUUACUAACCAAAUAAAAACUGAGAUAGUCAUGCUCACAUUAGCUCGAACUUUCUUCUUCUUAGAAUUUGUUAGGAUAAGGAAGAAUGUAUUUAUAAGACAAGUUAUAUUGUGCUAAUAUAAUGUUUGUUACAAAAGGUAGUAUGUAAAUAUGCGUUUGGAGAAACUAGAUGUAGAGAACUAUUUAAUUCAUCCAAUAAAACACAAUUCCAUCAAACCAAA